AUCACCUCGUAACGAUCAUUUCUUACGAAUGAAGUCAAACAAUGAUGGGGUUUCAAACUUUUUGGCUAUUGAAAGGUCAACACCACACCCUUCAAGAAUCUAUUAAAUAUCUGAUGCUGCUGCUGCAACCAAUACAAACUACUCACUAUCACUACACAUUCUUUCCCUUUAGUGGUGUGAGUGGAAGCUUGUUGGAUUUCAAAGAAGAAAAAGAAACAAAAAAAGAUUUAUCUAAAGUGAGGAGCAAUGAGAAGUAUUAGCGCUCUUGCUCAUAUCUCACUUGUUCUAACACUAUUGCUUAGACCCACAUUUGCCACCAAAAAGUCAUAUGUGGUGUAUUUGGGAGCUCAUUCACACGGAAAAGGAAUCGCAUCUAGUGAUUAUGAUAGAGUCACAGAGUCUCAUUAUCAGUUUCUUGGAUCAUUCUUGGGCAGCUCUGAUAAGGCCAAAGACGCAAUUUUCUACUCAUACACUAAACACAUCAAUGGGUUUGCUGCAAUUCUUGAAGAUGAAGAAGCUUCUCAGAUUUCUAAGCAUCCCAAGGUUGUAUCAGUGUUCCUGAAUCAGGGGAAGAAGCUGCACACAACCAGGUCAUGGGGUUUUCUUGGGCUCGAGAGCAAUGGCGAAAUUCGAGCCGGCUCUCUGUGGAAGAAGGCCAGAUUUGGGGAAGACACUAUUAUUGGGAAUCUUGAUACUGGUGUGUGGCCUGCUUCAAAAAGUUUUAGUGAUGAAGAAUUGGGACCAGUUCCUUCAAAGUGGAGAGGAAUUUGCCAAAAUGAUUUGGAUGCCAGCUUUCGAUGCAACAGGAAGCUCAUUGGAGCAAGAUACUUCAACAAGGGGUAUAGUGCCGUUGUCGGGCCACUGAAUUCCACGUUCAGGACACCGAGGGACACGGAGGGCCACGGAUCACACACGUUGUCAACAGCCGGUGGCAAUUUUGUGAGGGGGGCGAGCGUUUUUGGAUUUGGCAACGGGACAGCCAAAGGCGGGUCGCCCAGAGCCCGGGUGGCUGCUUACAAAGUGUGCUGGCCGCCCGUGGGCGGCAACGAAUGCUUUGAUGCAGAUAUCCUUGCUGCCUUUGAUACUGCCAUACAUGAUGGAGUUGAUGUGCUGUCUGUCUCUCUUGGAGGAGAUUCUGUCCCCUUCUACAACGACAGCGUAGCUAUUGGCUCGUUCCAUGCUGCGAAGCACGGCAUUGCUGUGGUCUGCUCGGCUGGGAACUCGGGGCCUGGGCUUGCCACAGCUUCGAAUCUUGCACCUUGGCAGAUCACAGUUGGGGCGAGCACCAUAGACCGCCAGUUCUCUAGCUUCGUCUUGCUAGGGAACAAGCUGCAGUUGAAGGGGGAGAGCCUCUCAGCUACGUCGUUGCCUCUGCACAAGGCGUACCCCGUCAUCUCUGCUGCAUCAGCCAAAGCUGGCAACGCAUCAGCUGAUGAGGCCUUGCUCUGCAAAUCUGGCACCCUGGAUCCUCGGAAGGCGAAGGGGAAGAUCGUGGUGUGCCUACGAGGGGACAACGCGAGAGUUGACAAGGGCGAGCAAGCCGCCUUGGCUGGUGCAGUGGGGAUGGUUUUAGCUAACAAUGAGGCUUCUGGUAAUGAAAUCCUUGCUGAUCCUCAUGUUCUCCCUGCUUCUCACAUCAACUUCUCCGACGGCGUCGCCCUUUUCUCCUACAUCAACUCAACGAGGUCGCCCGUGGCGUAUAUCACGAAGGCUACGACUCAGCUAGGCGCGACGCCUGCGCCUUUCAUGGCAGCCUUCUCCUCCAAGGGGCCUAACACCAUCACACCAGAAAUUCUAAAGCCGGAUAUCACUGCUCCGGGAGUGAGCAUCAUAGCCGCCUACACUGAGGCGCAGGGGCCGACGAAUCAAGAUUUUGACACGCGACGCGUGCCCUUCAACUCCGUGUCGGGGACAUCCAUGUCGUGCCCUCACAUCUCUGGGGUCGUCGGCCUCUUGAAGACCCUCCACCCCGGAUGGAGCCCCGCAGCCAUCAGAUCCGCCCUCAUGACAACCGCAAGGACGCGUGACAACACGUUGAACCCGGUGACCAACGCCUCCCACGCCAAGGCCACGCCCUUCAGCUACGGGGGAGGCCACGUGCAGCCUAACCGGGCCAUGGACCCGGGGCUCGUGUACGACCUAUCCGUGAGGGACUACCUCGGCUUCCUCUGCACCCUCGGCUUCAACCAGACGCAGAUCCAGCUGUUCUCAGAAGAAGAGUACACAUGCUCCAAGCCACUUGCUAGCUUGAUCAACUUCAACAACCCUGCCAUCACGGUUCCGUACCUCAACGGCUCCGUGAGCGUGACGAGGAAGGUGAAGAACGUGGGAUCACCGGCUACCUACAGAGCCCGUGUGCGUAGCCCACGCGGCGUGGCAGUGAAGGUCGAGCCGGAGACGCUCGAGUUCGAGAGGGAAGGGGAGGAGAAGGCCUUCAGAGUGACUCUGAAGGCUAAGAAAUAUGGAGGUUUGAGGGAUUAUGUGUUUGGACAGCUGAUAUGGAGUGAUGGAAGGCAUUAUGUUAGAACUCCAAUUGUUGUCAAACAGCUCUAGGCAAAUGCCACAUUUCAUAUUCUUGCAACUUUGAUUUUUUUAUUAUCCUGUACUGGAAUAAUUCAUUUUUCUUCUUCACUUUUUGUUUUUAGACAAGAUCUCAAUUGUAACUAUCUCUUUUUCUUUCAAAAUCUGGAUUAUUUCGAUCC